GACCGGUCCCGGUUUCGUACGACCUACGGCAUUCACACACAGGAUUCCUGGUGGCGUCGCAAAGUCGAUCUGGGUCUGUUACACCGCCUCAGCUUCGGCAAGGGCUUCGCGUUUGACGAGGAGCUUUUGCGGCCGCGGAAACUGCAAUUUGAUUCCCUGCCGGUGGUGCGAGCGGACGAGGAGGGGAGCGAGAUUUUUUCCUCGUCGCAGGAACUACUACCUGGAAUUAUUGGGAACGCUAGUACUACAACGGGGAAGAGCGCAGUAGAGCCGAUGAGUCUGUUCGGGAAGAGAGCAGAAGGAAAAAACGCAGACGAGUCCUUCUACACGAAAGACUAUGGUCAUACGGGCGAGAUGAAGAAGCACUACGAAAAUAAAUACCCAGACAGUAUACGAAGCGCAACAGCAGCACGCCCAAAACGAAAACCGGUGCCAAUUCAGCACGAGCGCCAGCUCUCCGCCUUCCGACUGGGGGAGCUGGACACCCUCGAGUCGCUGCGGAACUCGACGUUGCUUCUCCCGCCGGACGAGCGACGGGAGGACUUGAAAUACGUGCAGCCCUUCCUCUACCCCUGCGACGAGCCGGCAGCGACGAAAGAGGCGUUUGGCUUGUGCAAAAACAGAACGGACCUGCUGCUGAAGCGGUUCAAUCAGUCGAUAUUACAACGACCGGAAGUAGAUGUUGUUGCUGGUCCUCGCAGACGUGUACUACAGCCAGAAACUUCAAAUUUAAAUGCAAAACAGCAGGAAAAUAACGGUAAUACCUUACCAUCCUACCACACCCCCAUCUUAAUCACCACGAUGUCGCACGUCGCGGAGCAACAGCGUCCCGAGUUCGUGCCAGAGAAGCAAAUCCAGAUUUUCUGUCCCCUGGUCAACUUUGUGCACAAUCCGGACAAGCACUGCGACGACUACCCGGAGUACACUUUCACGAAUCAAAGAAGCACCUACAAUGUCACACAAGGCGCGCCGUUUGACGUCCUCGCGGAAGAACGCGACAAUUCUGACACGAUAGUGGCAGCAUCUUCGUCUUCUUCAAACGGACGAGAAAAACUCGUUUCGGGAGAGGUAGUAUCCUCACAUACGGAAACAACUACUACACAGCAAGCCCGAAACAACACGAAGAAGAAAGUGCAGCAGUCGGAAAAUGAAUUUCCGCAAACUCUCUUUUGGUACAUCAGCUGCAUGUCUCAGGGCUGCGACAUGGAUCUGCCGGACAACCGGCACUCCCGGGGCUGCGUCGGACUUCCCUGCCGGUCUGCGUAUCGCGAGGAAAAAUCCCCCCUUUCCAUAUCAAAUUGGAAAUCUGUGAUGCAGGAUUUGUGUACACAAAUCAGCUUUGUCUUGCAGUAGAGGACUGCUGCAGAUGCAAAGCCUGAGCUGGGCCGUUUUGGUGUUGGCGCCUAGCAAGGGAGAGCAAACCGCUGCACGCCAUACAGCAUUACAAUUUUCCCGCUAAACCCGGCGGAGUCUCUGGCUUUGUCUUCUUGCAAUACCGAGACGUUUUGUGUCCGCAAAUCAGCAUCAGAAAUUUCAGAAGUAAAAAGUAUGUAUUUUCAGUAUGGAGAGGGGGGAUUUUUCCUCAGAAUACUGCGUGGCCCUCGUUCAUGGUGGACACGCUUUUCGAACGGAACCGGAAGUUGCAGAUGCUAGCCUACCUGUACGACGUCCGGGGCGAGCUCUAUUGGGAAGUGGACCAGUUCAACAGCACCACGGACUUGUUGCACUUCGGUGGAAAUGGCGACGGCCAGCUGAUCUACCCGGAAGGUGGACCGGGAGAAGGCGAGCAAACAAGCGGGAGAGCAGCAGAAGAAGUAGGGGGGAAAACUGCACAAAGUGCUGGUGAAGAUGGUGUCGGAACACCAGAACAGCAGCAGACGCUGGCGUCUGAAGUUGGGCCGUCCACUGCACGAGCUUUGAGUACAGGGCCCUCAAGAUUGUCGUCGAACAAGGAGAAGAACGCGAUUACGAACGACGAUCGCAUCCCGCUGGCGAGCAUCCGGUUGAAACACAUCCGCGAUGUAUUACAAUGAAGAAUGCCCCGACCCCCGAAUUUGCAAAAGUUUGUCAUGCAAGACAAGAAUCUUGUCUUGCAUGAAAGGAUUGCGAGCAUUUCUGGUGCAGAAUCUAGGUGCGCAAGGUGCCUUGUGCAUAACAGAGUCCUCUGCUGUUGGGCCCCUUCGCAUCACAAAUUCGAGCUAUUCAGAAUGGAAAAUUUGUGAUGCUGAGAUAUGCAAGACGGGAAAUAUUUCUAUUGGAAAGGUUUGCAAUACAAAUGCUGCCAAGUCGUGUGGGGUGGGGGCAUUUUUCAUCGUAAUACGAUGGGCUGGAAGACUUGGAGUACCUCUAUCUGCUGGAAGAUGCUCUUCUGGGCCUGCUUGUCACGACCGGAACUACGUUGGAUGGAAUUACUGUUCCUCAUCCUGCCAUUGCACGCCAAGUCCACCAAGAACCUGCAGCUGCUGAUGUUCCACUCCGUAACUUCGCCCGGAGUUUUAUCAUUGAAAUAUGCAUUUCAAAUAUGUCUGGGUCUGGAAGUUUGCUGAGGUUUGUGAUGCUGUGUCACCUUGACACGGAAGGUGUUCCAUGCAAGGCCUAGCAUCACAGGUUUUGAGCCGGUUUGCCAAUGCUUAAUCCGCAUGACAAACGCCUUCUUUCGGCGACAGGAAAAGGAGCUCCCUUUGCUGUCUAAGCAUGACAGAUUUUUGUGUGAUCCAAGUAUGCAUCACAAGUUCGCAAUGUUCCAGACCCAGACAUUUUUGCACUUGAUAGGAAAACUUUGUGCGCAAUUUCGUCCGCUCCACCGUGGACACCGUCGCGGUAAACGGCACGUGGAUGGAGGAGAGGCGAAAGCUCGGGGAGGCGAUCGGCGAGGCUCUCGCGGGCGCCGGCAUUGUGGUAGAGGACUUUCUGGGUUCUUCUGGUCGUGAUGGUGGGAAGGACAUUGUGAUCAGUGAAAGUACUGGUCAAAGAAGUGGGAAGGAAGGCAUGAAUAGAAUGAGAAGCCCAUCCACGUCUGAAAUUUUCGGGAAGAAAGUCGAACAUAAAGGUUUUUCAUUUGACGUGAACAACAGCGAGUUGCUUUCAGCAAAACUUUCACCAAAGAACAACGCUAGAAAUAAAGUCCACGAGAAUUAUGCUAGCCCUGAAGAUCAGCAAACCGAAAGUGGUAGAGGCUCUGCUGAACCUGCCGCAAUUUUUGCAUAAUCCGCC